CCACCUACCUACCCCUCCGACCCACCGUGUGCUUCGCACUCCCCUCCUCGUCCUUUAUCAUCAACAUAUAACUACCAUAUAUACUACCUCUCCUCUUCCUGUCUUUUUCUAAAGGCUUGCCCUUAUUCUUCAAUUGAACACAUAUACCACCGGGCUCAACCUCGCUCUCUGCACCGAAAGCCCAUCUUUACAACUAUAACCCACAAUAGAAAAGAACCCACCGCAACCAUGAGUCGUGCCUUCGAAGACCACCCCCCCGCAAGAGACCAAGAUGACCACGACGCCGACUCGGACGCUCUCUUCGACGCGCUAGAGAACGAGGAUGACACAGCCUAUCGAGCACACCGAAUUGAGCAACUCAAUGCGGAAUUUGCCUCGGCCCAAAACAACAAGAACAACAAUGACAGCCGCACUCGCGACCACACCAUCCUCGAAGACAGUCUGUACCCGACCAUCUCCAGCGAUCAAGCCCUUCUCGACUUUACCACGCAGACCCAUCGAUGCGUGAUUCACUUUGCGCACCCGGAUUUCGCGCGCUGCGGCACAAUGGACGAGCACAUUCGAGCGCUAGCAACCCGACACCAUGAGGUACGAUUUGCUCGGGUGGAUGUACGGAACACGCCGUUUGUCGUGGAGCGGUUGAAGAUCCGGGUGCUUCCAUGUGUGAUUGGAUUCAAGGAUGGGGUUGGGGUUGAGCGCGUGACUGGGUUUGAGGGGCUAGGAUCGGGUGGUCGGGAUGGAACAGAUGGGUUUAGCACUGCUACAUUGGAGAAAAGGCUGAUUUGGAAGGGAAUCCUUGCUCAGGAGAAGUUCGGGGCUGGUGAUGGGGCGUCUGAUGGGUCGGAAGAUGAUGAUAGUGAUGGCGGAGAGCGCAGAGAUCGGGGGAAGCGGUCGAUUCGGACGGGCAACGCGAGGAGUUAUAGGCAUGCUGAUGACGAUGAUGACGACUGGGAUUGAAAAAUUCGAGUGGCCUUCCUGGAUAGCCUGCCUUAAUUGCAGAGCGGUAUCUCGCCGUCUGAUGGUUGGAUGCAUCAUUACCUCAAUGAAACAAGGCGGGAUGGAGACAACAGCCUUGGGGACCAGAGGUUCGUUGCUUGGCUGUAGUCAUUGACGUUGAUUGUGUGACCAAUCUGCAUUUGCAGCAGUGAUCUUGCCAACCGAGCAGGGAGCGACUCAAGUUCGGGUGAUGGACUUCCAGGUUCGGAAUAUGCCCGGAUGCUAUUCCAGUCGAGCCUAUACUUGUAAAUGGGCGAGCUAGAAAGAGCCGGCGAUAUCGGGAUUCGCAGCACCAACCAAUGCCGGAGCAGGGUACUGAAUAAAUUGAAGUCAAGCACUUGAG